AUGCGAAUAGGAUGCCAUGAUGCAAAUGGAGGUGUCACCACUCCUCUAUUACCUUCAGUUUUAUUUAUGUACAAAGAAGUAAAGAAAUGCAGGAAGUUGGAUCGUCUUCAUCUCCAAAUUCAACACCGGUUGACUUGGACCAGUACAAUGGGGCAAGAUUUGAGUCAGUUUGAUUAUCAUUUGAUUUUGUUGAUAACUAAGCCAUGCUUUUAA